AUGAGAGUUUUAAUUGACUCCUAUGAACUCUUCAAUCAGUUUGGCCAAUUGGGUUUUAAUCAUGCGACUGCAACUUCAGGCCCUCAUGAUGUUAAGGUUCAGAUGAAAGCUGUGGGCAUGUGUGGAAGUGAUGUUCAUCAUUUCAAGGUAAACUGCUUAAACUGUCAUACUUCGAGAAAUUAA